GCGGCGGACGAACGCCAAGGCUGGUUUUCCCGCGAAAGCCGGCUUGUAGGGGACCGAGGUUCGUGUGGCGCGGCGCUGAGAGGUGAGGGACAGAGGUGCAGUCAUGUCGGGCUUCGACGACCCCGGCAUUUUCUACAGCGACAGCUUCGGUGGCGACCCGGGCGCCGACGACGGCCAGGCCCGCAAGUCGCAGCUGCAGAGGCGCUUCAAGGAGUUCUUGCGACAGUACCGAGUGGGCACCGACCGCACGGGCUUCACCUUCAAGUACAGAGAUGAACUGAAGCGGCAUUACAACCUGGGGGAAUACUGGGUCGAGGUGGAGAUGGAGGACCUGGCCAGCUUUGACGAGGAGCUGGCCGACUACUUGUACGAACAGCCAGCCGAGCACCUGCAACUGCUUGAGGAAGCUGCCAAGGAGGUAGCAGAUGAGGUGACCCGACCCCGGCCUGCAGGUGAUGAGCAGCUCCAGGACAUCCAGGUCAUGCUCAAGUCAGAUGCCAGCCCAUCUUGAAUUUGGAUUCUGAAGUCAGACAUGAUGUCACACCUGGUGAAGAUCCCCGGCAUCAUCAUCUCAGCCUCUGCGGUUCGCGCCAAAGCUACUCGUAUCUCAAUUCAGUGCCGCAGCUGCCACAACACCCUCACCAAUAUUGCCAUGCGUCCAGGACUGGAGGGCUAUGCUCUCCCCAGGAAGUGCAAUAUGAGGUGUGGCCCUCGGCUGUCGGCAGAGGCAGCAGAGAAGCUGAAGAAUCGUUAUAUCAUCAUGCGGAGUGGGGCCUGUCAGCAUGAGAGGGACAGUGAUCGCCGUUCCAGCAUCCCCAUCACUGUGCGUUCUCACUUCCGUGGAGUGGAGGGCUUCACUACCCAGGAGGACCAAGAGAUGCUGAGCCGCAUCGAGAAGCAACUCAAGCGCCGCUUUGCCAUUGGCUCCCAGGUGUCUGAAUACAGUAUUGUUCAGGACUUUACCAAGCAGAAGUAUCCAGAACAUGAUCGGAAGGUGCUGCAGCUUAUGCUGCGCAGGGGUGAGGUCCAACACCGCAUGCAGCGCAAGGUGCUCUACCGCCUCAAGUGAGCAGACUGCCCAUCAGCCCUCAGACCUGAAUGCCAGCUCCGCUCCACCUCCCAGUUGGUGUUCGCCAUUCUAAGGAAGAGGUUCUGCCUCACCGCCUCUGACUGCU